AUGUCAGCCGCUUCACUUUUGUUCGCAGCGUCGCUGCUCACACAUCGGGUUGCUGCAAAACUUGUGCGUUCUCCAACACCUCCUAUGGGAUGGAACUCGUACAAUACCUGGAAUUGCCUCCCCGAUGAAGAAAAGAUCCAUGAGAGUGCUCGAGGACUCGUAGAUCUUGGGUUUCAAAGUGUUGGUUAUAACUUUGUGACGGUUGACUGCGGCUGGAAUUCAAAAGAUCGAGACUCCAAUGGGAAGCUGCGAUGGAAUGAGACACUCUUUCCGUCUGGUGGCAAGGCUCUUGGUGACUUUCUCCAUGACCUUGGACUUGACUUUGGUCUCUACUCUGGAGCUGGCUACCUGCAGUGCGGAUCUGAAGCACUGCCUGCAAGUCUGGGCUUCGAGCAAUUGGAUGCAGAGAGCUUUGCGGAAUGGGGUGGAGACAGGCUGAAGUACGACAACUGCUAUUCUACAUCGAAUACAACCAUGGUUGAUUCAAGCUCUGCUGAGGCCCAAUCACCCGCUCGUUUCCAACACAUGGCGGCUGAGCUGGAUGCUGUCAACCGCGAUAUCCAAUACUAUGUUUGCCAAUGGGGAAUUGGAACUAACGUUGGUGACUGGGCUGCCGACAUUGGAACUACAUGGAGAAUGAGCAAUGACAUCUACAACGCCUGGCGCAGCAUCUGGCGAAUUACGAACCAGAUUGUGCCGUACUUUAGACAUACGACUACCGGUGCCUUUGCCGACAUGGACAUGUUGAUCAUUGGCCUGAAGGCACUUUCCGAAGAGGAAGAGCGCUUCCACUUCGGCAUGUGGGCAAUCAACAAGUCGCCUCUGAUCAUGGGCGCAGCUCUUGACCCGAACCGCCUCAGCCAAUCCUCAAUAGAUAUCAUGACAAACAAAGAAGUGAUUGCGAUUAACCAGGAUCCGCUUGCUAAGCCAGCAAGAUUGAUCCAGCGUAACACCGAAAGCGAAUGGGAUAUAUGGCUAGGUGAGCUUUCAGGCUCAAAACAGAUUCUGGGUGUUGCAAAUUGGAGAAAUGACUCUCAGACUGUCGAAUUGAAUUUGGCCUCGCUUGGUAUUGCAUCAGCUAAUGCACGCGACGUCUGGGCUGCGAAGGACCUGGGUGCUGUUUCUGGCUCCCAAACUCUCGAUCUUGCUGGUCACGAAUUACGCCUGUGGGUACUAUCCGAUAUGGAUGUAGCUGCUCCGCUGCGUUCUGGCGCAUACCAUUCAGCUGCCGAUGCAUCUCUCUCUGGGCCAGCACAAGUAGUAUCUUGUGCAGAGGGCGCCUGCUUGCCAACCGGAUCAAAGGUCGGGUACAUCGAUCGCAGCGCUGGUGUGACCUUUUCUAAUGUCAGUGCUGCUUCUGCCGGCAAGAAACUCUUAAGUGUUGACUUCGUCAACUAUGAAUACGCGUUCACUACCGCAUGGGAUUGGGGUGACAACGCGCGAAACAUGACAGUAGCUGUGAACGGUAAAAAGGCGAAGAGAUGGGCCUUCCCACUCUCCGGUGGGAACUGGCAAGAGAGUUUUGGUCUGAACAUUGAAGUUGACGGAUUUACUGAGGGCAGUGCAAACACAGUAGAGUUUAGAGGCUACGGAGACAGGAUUUUUCUUGCUAUACCCUGCACAACGGUGAGCGCUGAUCCCAUCCUGAAAGAGCUGUGGGAAACCCCGCACCCGGGAAACUGGUGGUGCCACUGCGGGUCAAAAGCCACCGAACAUCUGCCAUCUGUCAUGAACACCAAAGUACAUCCUUCGCCUUGUUGGGCGGUAAAGCAAGGCGACCGUUCCUCCACUAGCCCCUUUCUACCCGCGCACGAUGCUCCAACCGAGAUACAUCGUGACCUUCUCAAGAACGGAAAAGUCAAGGAUCCAUUCAUUGAUCUCAACGAGCUGUCAGUACGCUGGGUUGGAGACGAGACAUGGACAUAUUGUACCACAUUCGCUGCACCUCAACAUUAUGGCAAAGCUGGUGUGACUUCCGAACUUCAAUUCGAAGGAUUGGAUACAUUUGCCUCCGUCUAUCUGAAUGGCUUCUUAAUCCUCCAAUCAGAUAACAUGUUUGAAGUGCAUUGGGUUGACAUCACAGGGAAGCUGAAAGACCGAGACAAUGCACUAGAAAUCGUCUUUCAUUCUACGCGAAAGAGGGGCCUGGAACUUGUCAAGGAACAUGGAGACCAUCGGUACAUUGUACACCAGACUGAGAUCUCGCGUGGCCCGGUUCGUAAAGCGCAGUAUCAUUGGGGAUGGGAUUGGGGCCCCAUACUGAUGACGUGUGGGAUUUGGAAACCGAUAUCGCUGGAGACGUGGACGAGUGAAUUGUCGAAUCUGGACAUCCACUACGAUCUUUCUCAUGACUUGAAUUCUGCUUUGAUCACAGCUGGGGUCGAAUGGAAAGGCUCCAUUGAUUCGUUGACUUUUACUGUUACGAAGAAAGGGAGCAGUGUUAUCGAAUGGAGCGAUACCAUAUAUCCUCAGUCUGAAGAUCGCUGCGGAACUGCGAGUACAUUUGGCAUCAUGAAAGAUAUCGAGCUCUGGUGGCCGCGAGGCUACGGCGAUCAGAGUAUGUACACUGUCCAAGCGGAAGCUUACGCACAGUCUGAGACAUCCGAAUCUCAGAGACUUCAUUCCGUCUCAAAAGACUUUGGCUUUCGUCGUGCCGAGCUCAUUCAAGAGCUGGAUACAUACGGCCAAUCCUUCUACUUCCGCGUCAACAACAUUGACAUCUUCUGUGGCGGUUCAUGCUGGAUACCCGCAGACUCCUUUUUGACGCGUCUCACGCCUUCCGACUAUCACGCGUGGGUAAAGCUCGCGGCCGAUGGAAAUCAAGCAAUGCUUCGCAUAUGGGGUGGUGGCAUCUAUGAAGCCCAUGCGCUGUACACUGCAGCUGACGAGCUGGGUGUGCUCAUAUGGCAAGAUUUCAUGUUUGCCUGUGCAAACUACCCAGCACACACACAAUAUCUGGAGAGUGUGGAAACUGAAGCCAGACAAAAUGUCCAACAACUAAGAAUGCAUCCAAGCAUCGUCCUCUGGGCAGGAAACAACGAAGACUACCAAAUUGUAGAGCGCUACGGACUCGACUACGAUCCUGACAACAAAGAUCCUGAGUCCUGGCUCAAAACAAACUUCCCAGCACGCUACAUCUACGAGCAUCUCCUCCCAAAAAUAGUAUCCCAAGAAUCUCCAAACACACCCUACCACCCCAGCUCCCCCUUCGGCAACGGCCGCUCCACCGUCCUAAAAGUCGAUCCUGCAAUCGGCGACGUCCACCAAUGGAACGUCUGGCACGGCACAAUGGAACCAUACCAACGCCUCCCCGGUCUAGGCGGCCGUUUCAUCUCCGAAUUCGGCAUGGAGGCCUAUCCGCACAUAGCUACAAUCAAGAAAUGGGUCACGCGGCCAGAAGACCGCUACCCGGGCUCCAUGGCCAUGGACUUCCGUAACAAAGCGAUUGGACAUGAGCGACGCUUGAUAAGCUAUGUGACUGAGAACUUUCGCGUCAAAUAUGAUCUGAAGGGAUUCACGCAUCUGACGCAGGUCAUGCAGGCGGAUGCUAUGUCGUGGGCGUAUAAAUCGUGGCGUCGGGAUUGGGGAUCGCGUGGUAGUCGCAAGUGUGGGGGCGUGUUGGUUUGGCAACUUAAUGACUGUUGGCCGACCAUGUCUUGGGCUGUUAUCGACUACGAUUGUGUCCCCAAACCGGCGUAUUAUGCUAUCAAGCGUGCUAUGCAGUCUGUUGCUAUUGGUGUGCAGCGCAAAAUCAAGAGCUGGACUAUGCGACCGGCUGAUGAGCUAUGGCAGCGAGAUACGGGACAUGUUGAUAUGAGGGAGUUGUGGCGGCAUGUGGAGUUUGAUGUCUGGGCUGCUAAUGGUACGGUGAAAGAGGUGAAGGGGAGUGUGAGGAUUAGGUAUGUAUCGAUCAAGACGGGGGCGAGAUUGGGAUGGGAAAUGGAGCGAGAUGUUCGCAUUGCUGCCAACGGGACUACCGAAAUUAUCAAGAAUCAUGUAGCAGAUGUGGACGACUCACAGAAAUCGGAUGAAGAAUUUGAUUUUACGAAGGCUGAUCCUUUCGUCAUUGAGGCGACGCUACACAUUGAUGGCCAAUGUGUUGCACAAGACGUAUCUUGGCCGGAGCCGAUCAAAUAUCUUUCGUUUGAAGAUCGGGGGAUCAAGGUGGAAUAUGAUGAGGAUUUAAGUAUAGCUUUUGUAUCGUCUUCAAAGCCAGUAAAGGGCUUUGUAUUUAGCGAGAGAAAAGGCGUACGUUUCAGCGACAAUGGCUUUGAUGUCAUGCCAGGAGAAAUGCACGAGGUGCAAGUAGACGGCAUCACGGCUAAUGAGUUAGAAUGGAUUUACAUAGACAUGUAA